GUUGAGUUGGCACCUUGGCAGGAGGAUGCAACGAAGUAAGAUUCGGCAGCAGCACAAGGCGCUGGCGGAUGGUACCGAAAAGCCCAAGAUCAAAAAGUUGACCAAAGAGAAAGUGGCCGAGGAGCAUAGUAGCGCCAUGGACCAUUUGGACUUGGCGCAUCGUGGCAUCGAGUCCAUCGAAACGACGGCGUUCGAGGCGGCGACCGCGCUCAAGCGGUUGGACUUGAGUGCGAACAAGUUGACGCGCCUCGCGUUCUCCCAAAACAUGGCUCUGACGCAGCUCAAGGCCUCGUCCAACCUGCUCGUGGACGGCGGUAUCGUCGACCUGUCCUAUUGCAAAUUGCUGGUUACGUUGGACUUGAGCGACAACAAGCUCGCGCGUCUUCCCGGUGCGAGUUUGCGCCAUUGCACGGGCUUGAAAGCGCUUGUCUUGACGAAGAACGCAUUGACGUCGCUCGAGUGGGUGCCGAGCCUGCCUGGCCUCACGUCCUUGAUUGUGAGCCACAAUCGGAUCACGGACAUUUCAGCGAAAAGCAUGGGAAAACUAAAAGGCUUGACCAAGUUGCAAAUCUCGCACAACAAGCUGACGGAAUUGCCCGACCUGACUGCCCUGGAGUACUUGACAGAGCUACGGGCGUCCCAUAACCAGCUCACGGCUCUGCCCGCCACGAUCCAUCGCAACGAAAACCUGAAGAUCGUGGACGUGUGCCACAAUAACAUUGACACAUUCGACGGGCUAGACCAGUGGUCGUCGCUGCAACAACUCAAGCAACUCAACCUGCGUGGCAAUCCCUUAUGUGGCCGCGACGCAAACGCCUCCCACCAAGGCGCCGACAGUGACCCGUUGCCCGCAGUCAGCUUGGAUGAGCGCAAGGCGCUGGACAAGAAGAACAAGUUGUACAACUUCAAAAUGAAGCGACUGUUUCCAGCGCUCAUUGUCCGUGAUGGCCACCGCGUCCAAGAGAAGCGCACGCACGGGUAUGUGGCCCCCCCACCCGUGCCCAAAGCCCCCAAGCCAGUUAGGAAGAGCGCAAUCACGGGCGCCCGGACGACUGAGCAACCUGACAAGAUCGCUUCGAAGAAGCGGCGAAAGGAAGCUCGGCGCGAAGCGUCGAGUGACGCAGAGGCGGCGGUGGACGACCAUCCCACCACGCUCAAGGGCGCACACAAUGAUGGCGAUGACAAGACAAAUCCUUCCAGCGCUGGCAAGCAAUCCAAAAAAGCUGACAAACGACGUGCGGCAGCUCCGGACCAAGACAUUGUGGUGGCCCCUGAAGCAAAGCGGUCCAAGAAAAACAAGGAGCCUGCUUCGAAUGCCAGCGUUCAGAAAUGCACGGGGGAAGAGGAGCAGCCAAAGACAUUGAAGCCAUCGAAGGUCAGCAAGGCGCUCGACGCUGUGGCUGCGGAUGACACGGCUGCCAAGAAGGAAAAAGGCCGUAAGAAGAAGGAGAAAUACGCCAAGGACAGCGGUGUGUUGGGCGUCGUGCACGUCAAGAAGCCUUCAAAAAGCGCUGUGGUGGCCACGUUGGGGACUUUGGUGGACUUUUCACAGCUCGAUUCCACCGGCGGUAUUGGGCUCGGUGGCGAGUCCAGCUGGGACUAGACUCUAAUGGAAGAAGCCUCUCGCACAGUGAGUUGCGUUUGCAUUGGGCAGAGCCGUGCGACGAGCUUCCAGCAUAACGCGACGAAUUUGUGUGAGUAGCUGGAGGAGAUGGCGAACUCAUGAGCAGUGGCAUUGGCAGCAGUAUCUUCUGGGGGCAUGGAGCAGAGUGCCACGAGUAGUGGCAAGCUCUCAUCGCUCCAAGGCAACCUGUGUGGCCUGGAGAAAACCUUCCUCCUCACAAUGCGGGGCCGCUCACUGUGCCGUGCAAGUGCUCAGCAGUAGCAGCACACUCCACGUGGCCACAACGACAGAUAUCAACACGUUCACAGACCCAACUCAAGAGCUGUGCCCUGCAUCGUCUUCGAGGUCACAAGCUCAGUUGCAGCCAUGUGCGCCGGGAGAGCCGCGCCCGCACAUGGC